GGGUAGACUAACGAGUUCUCUGAUGCGCUCGAGCUCUAUCACCAAGUUACAUACACCCAGGGGCUGUGUUUACGCGACUCAGCAUGUCAGAGUACCUUGCCAAAAACACACUUAAUCUAGGUGUAUGUGAUGUGUUGGCCAUCAUUUCUCCACCUCUCUCAUGGCAACUUCUUCCAAGCCGACAGAACAAAAUUUACAUGCAUCCAGUCUUCUUGCAUAUAAAGCACUCCCGGAUCACCAGGAUGACUUUGACUCAAUAACAUCUUACUCGAAGACCACCGCUGAGACUGGAAACGAUUUCUACGACCGCAGUCUGACAAGCCGCAGAUAUGCCCUUGUUGGAGUGGCGUGCUCGUGUAUUGUCAGCUGCUGUUGCAUCAUUGCAGGCACUGUCAUUGUUGCCACUCGCAGAGGCAACGGGGCCAUUCCAAUAGGAAUAAACAACAAUCUGCAGAAAGAGAUGUUGGUUCUGAUACUAAACUUGAUCGUCACAUUAUGCACAGAGUCCACGGGCUUCGUGCACAGCAUUGCUUUGCGGUCUGCGCUAGCUUCAGAGUGUCGGCUUCGUUUCAAUACAAAUCUGCGCCUUCUGACUGCAGCUCGUGGAUGGAGCAAACCCAAUGGCGCCCUGCUCAAUGGUAUCACGGCUCUCCUCCUCAUCAUAUCCUACAACUCAGCAUCACUCGUCAUAUUGUCUUUCGACAACAACUAUCGAGCUAUGGGAGUAGAAGUGACUUUCAUUGGCAUCGCAGGAUUGCCUCUCCUCCUGCUGGGCAUCGCGCUGCUUCUUCAGGUGAUGAUCGCAUUGUCAGGGUUGCGGGCUGUCAAAAUAUUGACCUGGAGCUCCUCAUCUUUCGACUUGACUGCUGCUAUGGUCCACCACACACAAUUGACGCCGGCUCCUUCCCGGUGCAUGCGUGGCGUGUCUGACCUAGACGUGGGUGGAGGUCCAGCGAAGCCAUCAGAGAGACAGCCAUCCGCGUGGCAUGCUCACCCUAGCAUCCGGAAAGUUAUAAUUUCACUUUGGGCGCUCGUUGUAGCAUGCGCUGGGUGGGCCGCACUCGUCAUGUUCCUCUCCAACAAAUAUGGAUUCGAGACCCCUACGUUGGGCUUGGAAUCGUGGUCGUUCUUCCCCAGCUAUGAUUACUCUAACGCACUCGUUUACGUGAUUCCACUCUCCGGAGGUGUCAGUGUCCAGUGGUGGAUUCUGUCAUUCGUAAACCUGGCGGUCGUCCAGGGACCAUUGACACUUGGGUUGCAUUGCUCAGAGCUCAUUGCGAAUGUCAUUCGAGAUGAAAGGCAUUGGAGAAGCGCUACUGGAAGGAAAGGACUUAGCAUGGCCACAAACCCGCUAAAGCCGGUUCUCACCAAUCCGCUCAGUCUUGUACUUUUAGUUACGAAGCCUGCUCUACACUGGAUGUUUGGGCUUUCAUUCACUUUGAUUGGUGGCGGUAGCCAAACACUAGAAGUGAUCGGGAUAUAUAUGUUUACAGCCCAGAUCUGGAACUUAUGUUUCGCACUGUCACUAUUUGCCUGCUUCUUCACUUUCGUUGCAUUGCUCCGACCGCACGGCCCCCAGCCAGCUGCAUACGGCCACCUACAGACGCUUGCUAACCUCGUGGACGAGUGGUCGCCUGUGAUGUGGUGGGGUCACAAGGAAGACGGGGUCCCAUAUUGUCAUGCUGGGACGAGGGAUCACUCGCUGCCGGCUGUGAAGAUGGACUGCGUUUACGCUGCCAGGCUAGAGUGUCAGUACCUUGAAAUACAAACCAUUUCUUAAGCCGAAUCCUU